CUCACAGUCGAUCAAGUAUCUAUUGUGCUUCUUUAGUAGCUGUUAGGUCGCCAACUAUUUGAAAUAGCGUUGCAGUUUUAAAGAGUGAAGAGGGAAAGUAUUUGAGGUCAUGGGGAACUUAGAGAGCAUAUGGUGGAUUGUGGUGGAGUCUGCCUGCAGGAUCCUUGGUGUUUCUACAGCAACAGUGUUGUGUGCUGUGGGAGUGGAGACGCUGCAACAGGGAGAAUUCAAAAGCCUCGGCAUCUACCUUGUAGCGUCGUCUGUUGGCAUCAUGAUGUUUGAGUUGGCCUAUUUUCUGGAUGCUCUCCUGGUCAUGUGUCUGCCCUGUCCUCCAGACUGGCAGGUUUUUGUGUUGUGGGGGAAGAUGGCUCACAUUGGGGGCUUCCAUAAAUUUCUCUAUUACUCCAUCAUGUCGGUGGUCUGCUUCUUGCACCCUGUGUUGGUGUGGCAUGCGGUUAUCCCAGGGACAAUGCUUCUGGUGACAGCCUUUUUCAACUUCAUACUAAGCAAGAAAGCCAAAACCAAGUCUCCCAAAAGGCCACAGGAGAGCUACAGCGACCAAGGCCCGACCACCGUCUGUGUGACAGAACGAACAGGCCCGGAGAGCACUUUCUCUUUCCUCCAUAUGGUGAGAGGAGAGGGGCUGGCACUUGCAAACACAGAUCGCUGCCUCGGGCUUGGGGAGAGAGGAGAGAGCGUCCAGGCUAUGCUGGAGAUGGAGCAGACACCUAAAGACACAGACAGGGAGAGGAGGUGGUGGAAAGAGAGGAGACUGAUAUUCUUCAGAAGCAGGGAGGAGCCUGUGGAGAGAGAGAUGGAGGAGAUGGACGGAUACCGUGAGCCUGAGCCAGACACCACCUCAGACACUGCACCUAUGAUUACUGACUGAACGCUGCUCUGCCGGCAGACUCAGCUCGUUGCCGAUAACACACAAUGGAAAGCAUUUUUAAUAAUAUUUAUGCUGGCUGGGCACAACUGGCUGGUGCUUCACUAUGGCACACUAGCUGAAAAUAUCCUUAUAAAAGGUCUGACAAGCCAAAAUUAGCAUUUCUGAGUGUUUGGUAAUAAAAUACUCUUUUAUUUUAUGUGAUUACACACUGAAAUAUAAAGAUUAUUAGUGUUUUUAUAUU